AUGUCGAUAAACAGUGUUACCCCAUUAACUAAGCACCAUACCUGGACUCGUCAAGGUGCUUUCAAGCGCAAAAAAGUUCAUGAGAUAUGUGGUCAUCAAUUCGUCGCUACCUAUUUUCGUCAAUUUACCUACUGUUCUCAUUGUAAAGAAUUUAUUUGGGGAGUUAUCGGAAGACAAGGAUACCAAUGUCGAUCUUGUCGAAUUGUCGUCCAUAAACGAUGUCAUCAACUUACAGUUACUAAGUGCACUUCGAAUUUGCCAGAGGAUGAAGAUUCUACUAUAGGUUUCAAUAUCAACGUUCCGCAUAACUUUGCAACGCAUAGUUAUCGGUCUCCAGCAUUUUGUGAUCAUUGUGGUUCAUUACUGUACGGAUUAUUCCGUCAAGGAAAGCAAUGUAAAGAAUGUAAAAGAAAUGUUCACUUCCGUUGUAUUCAAUAUGUUCCAAAUGAUUGCGGCAUUAACAAAGCACAAGUCGGCGCAGCUUUGGCGGCUAUUGGUCGUUCUAGUGAUUUCUUACACAAAAAUUCAAUUUCUUCUGCCGAUGAAAAACCGGUAUAUUUAAAAUGGCAUUUUAAUUUCAGUUCGGUCAAAUUUGAAAACUACAUCAAGAUUUACAUUUGCAUUACUUUGUUAAUCAGAAUGGAAAGAGUAUUCGACCGGUCAAAAAGAAAACUUCAGGAGAAGUUAUCACACCACCAAACACAUGCGGAUAACAAAAAGAUACAUUCGAUCGAUGAUUUUAAGUUUUUAAAAGUUCUUGGCCGCGGAACCUUUGGCAAAGUAAUGCUUGGUGAAUUAAAAAGUACGGGAGACGUCUUUGCUAUUAAGAUACUAAGAAAGGAAUCAGUUCUACAAGACGACGACGCUGAAUGCGCCAUAAUGGAGCGACGAAUACUUGCAUUAUCUAUUAAACACCCUUUUCUAGUUGGCCUAUAUUGUUCAUUUCAAACUACGCAUCGACUCUUCUAUGUUAUGGAAUAUGCUAAUGGAGGAGAUCUUAUGUUUCAAAUCCAAAAAUAUAGCCGAUUUAAUGAAGAAAAAACUAGGUUUUAUUCGGCUGAGAUUGUCCUAGCCUUGCAGUUUCUGCAUCAAAAUGGAAUUAUUUAUAGAGAUCUUAAACUUGACAAUGUGCUGUUAGACAGUGAAGGCCAUAUAAAAAUAACUGAUUUUGGUAUGUGUAAAGAAAAUAUGUUUGGUAGCUGCUUGACUAAAACUUUUUGUGGGACACCUGAUUAUAUCGCUCCAGAGAUAUUGCUAGAGAUUGACUAUGGAUUCUCGGUGGAUUGGUGGUCGCUAGGUGUGUUAAUGUAUGAAAUGUUAGCUGGAGAGCCCCCUUUUGAAGGAGAUAGCGAAGAAGAACUAUUUGAAUCCAUUCUACAUAAUGAUAUUCAUUAUCCAGUUUGGCUGUCCCGUGAAGCUCUCCGUAUUCUCAAAGGCUUAUUGAUUAAAAAUCCUGGCAAAAGACUAGGUUGUACGCUUUCUAAGGAUGAGAACUCAAUUCGAGAUAAUGCGUUUUUUACUAAUAUUAAUUGGGCAAAGCUAGAAAAAAGAGAAGUUAUACCUCCUGUCAUCCCAAAUGUGAAAAAUAGAUAUGAUUGUUCAAACUUCGAUGAAGAAUUUGUAAAUGAAAAGCCCAUAUUAACACCAACCGGCGAUAGUACACUUGACUCCAUUGAUCAACAGGAAUUUCAAGGCUUUUCUUUCGUAAAUCGAGGUAAUAUAAAAUUUUACUCAAGUCAGAAUUAA